AUGCAAGUCCCAUUUGUGGACGAUGCGAGCGCCGCAGUCUUCAUUAAGCGCCGUGUUGUUUGCGAAUCAGAUCACCCUAGUAAUGUCAGUCGACUACACAAUGAGAACGAUGUAUGGACUCGGAAAAAGGCAUCAGUCUCGACUCCCGGAUUCUUGGGGCAAACUAGCUACUUUGAUGCGUUCACAGAUACGAGAACUGGACUCCUCGUAGGAAAUCCAUACGUCACAGGCCAUGAUAACUUUCCCGUUGACCAAAAGCGUAUCAAUCUCGGUGCUCGAGUCUUGGCGCUUCUGGAGAACCUCCCAUUUUAUAGGGAAGUGGUCACCGCUCGAUUCAAGAUAUGGACGGGAUGGAGUCUUGGCUGGCCAAUCACGAACAUGGUUUUCACUCUCGCUGAAAAGAUGUGGAACUCCCUAGAAACUGAGGGCAUGGACACAAACCAACGAGCCUUCUUCUUGUCAAGAAGACUUUUUGAAACGCAUAACCGGGCACUUGAGGUGCAUCCUUCAAUGACCUGGGAGGACUUCCAGUCCACUGCCGCCGGGAGAUGGGAGUUAAUAGGACUACUAUUUACUCUGACAGGCCUAGCCACGGACUGGGUCCCUCACAGUGACCGCAUCUUCAUGCGUCCAAAUACAAUGGAUCCGAAGAGUCUCGCCAUAACCGCUACCGCUGUGGGAGACAUAUGUCUCCAGUUCUGCGAUAGCACUGGAAUUGUGAAUGACAUUGUGGCCUGGCUUCUACUGCAUCAUAUCACGCUUUUGGCAGUAGUCUAUGGUGAAAGUGACUUUCGACCCUGGAGAAAGUUGGGAGAGUUAUCGACAACGGUGUUUGCGCUCGGGCUUCAUCAAGAUUCUAGUGGAAAGGCUCCAUUCUUUCUUUCUGAGAUGCGAAAAAGAACUAUGGUCGCGGCGUAUUCAAUGGACAAAGUGCUUGCCACUUUCCUAGGUCGCCCGCCGCUCAUAAGCUGGCGCUACUGUGAUAUCCAAAUGCCACUUGACUUGAGCGUUGAGGAAAUAUUCGCCGAUCCAGUCGUCCGUGAUGCGGCAAUCGCUCGACUGGAUGAGAAAGAUGGAUGGAAUCAGCAGUCAAGCUUGGCGAAGGGUACGUGGCCUCGAAUUGCCUUGAUCACUAGUGUUCUCCGUGAGAAGGUCUUGGAACUUUCACUCAGUUGGCAACUCGAGAAUCUCAGCCAGAGGGUCGAGGAGCUUUCACGCGAAUCCCGUCAAUUGAAACAGGGACUACCACCAUACCUCCGUUGGAAACCUGAUAUUGACGUGGCCGUUGUUUCCAGAGUAGAAUAUGACAUCCUUUUCGAUGUUCAUAUAGAGUUUCUCUACAACGAUUUCCUGCUCUACCGGACCUUAGGGAAACGUACCCAGACACAGCCUGAGGCAAUCAUUGACAUCGCUCGAGAGAUACUCAAAGCAUUGGUCAUUAUGAUUUCCGAGAAAAUUCGCUCUGGGCAUCCCAUCAAAGAUACUGGGUUUAAUAUAUGCUUACCGGGUCUUCCUUCUGCGGGUGUUCUCUGUGCAGAAUUACUUCGCCGAUCCCGGUCGACAGUAGUAAGCUCUUCACAGGAGUUUCCUCGUUCGGAAAUCAUCCAAAAUUUGACCCUUUUCGCGGCACAUCUGGACACAAUCGUUAAGCCCCAUGACGGUAACUACCGUGUCGCACAGCAGGGUCAGAAAGCAAUCCGCCAUGUCUUGGACCAAGUUCUCUCCGUCGAUGGUCUCUCCUCUGUCGUAGAAGACACUGGAACGAGUGACAAAUUGAUUGAUGAUUCUAGCUUGCUUGACGGUGUGAAUUUCGACGAUCAUGACUUAUUUCUUGGUUGGCUUGAUGGCAAUAUGCAACACAUGUCCGACUCUUGGCUGGCAUGGGUCAAUUUUACCUAA